GUUAGGCCUGUUGUUGAAACUGGCUAUGAAAAUGUAUUGCUAGUGAGGCUGCUGUUGGAAAUUAGAGUUCCUUCCGUUCGCAAGUCAUCGGUUGCAGAGGGGCUUACAGUGGAUGAUAUGCUUGAAAAUUGGAGGACGAUAAAGCCUGUAGUAAUCGAAGAAUGGAACGAAAACAGAGAUGACCUAAUUGAUCUUUUUGGUAAGGUUAGGGAUGAGUGGAUGGACAAUGAUAUGUGUACUUGGAUUGGAUCAAACAGGUAAGUGUCCUACUAGUACUCACUAUAUUCCCAUGGAAUCAAACUACAUAGGAAA